CGUGCGCGGCGGCGACUGGGGGGGAGGGGCGGCCAGUGGAGCAAGAUGGCGGCGGCGAUGGAUGUGGACGCUCCCAGCGCGACGAACAGCGGCAGCAAGAAGCGGUUCGAGGUCAAAAAGUGGAAUGCGGUUGCUCUGUGGGCCUGGGACAUCGUGGUGGAUAACUGUGCCAUCUGCAGAAAUCACAUCAUGGAUUUGUGUAUAGAGUGUCAGGCAAACCAGGCUUCAGCUACUUCAGAGGAAUGCACUGUGGCCUGGGGUGUGUGUAAUCAUGCUUUUCAUUUCCACUGCAUCUCACGUUGGCUGAAGACCAGACAGGUCUGCCCUUUGGACAACAGGGAGUGGGAGUUCCAGAAGUAUGGACAUUAGAUAAAAAGAUACCAUUUGUUUAGCGACCUCCGCAGUAACCCUUCUCCUCCACGAUAUCCUGACCUGUGUUCGGCGUUCCACCCACUCUAGCCCAGAGUUUGGCAAGGAAAACUUGUGACACACACCGUGCUGUCCAGUAGUCAAAUUUGUGUAUUGUAAUAAACACAAAUAUCAGAAAUGUGUUUAGUUCUGUUCCUGGAGGGAGGGAAAGCAUUAUUCCGCAGGCGUUUUAUUUUUGUGACGUCCCCUCCAGACUCCAAAGCACUCACAGGCACGGGAAAUACCAAGGUCCAACUGAUCCCUGUACUGAAAUGUAUUUAAUUUAAUAAAAACCUGUUUGAAAAAGAA